GACUCUCCCGCCAAGGCGUCCUCCUCCUCCGACCCUUCGACAUCCACCCCCGACUUCGACAACCGAGUGUAUCUCGUGCCCUACAGAUGGUGGAAGGGAGUGAUGGAAUCGCAGGCAAAGGAGGAUCGACCGAGCGGCAUUCCCUACUCGAUAUCUCCGGUCGCUCCUCGGUUGUGGAACGAGAUCCUCCGCGGCAAUUCUAACUCCGAUUUUGUGUGUAAUAUCGAGCGAGAUGACUACUGGAAGGAGGACGAUGAUGCAGCGGAGGGGGCCUCCAGCCUGACCUACGCGUUGAUUCCCUUUUAUUCGUGGUUACACGUGCUCGAUUGGCGCUUUGUCACUUGUUUCACAACAAAGAAAUAUGAAUGCUUUUCAUCAAUCAAUGCUCCCACGACCGAUGUUUAUCCUUUGAUGCUGAGGGUCUCUGUUACGCAGAAAAAAAUUCUGACAUUAAAGAUUAGCAAAAAGGAUAAUUCAGCUGAAAAUUACAGAAGAUCAAGCAACAUUUUCAGUAGCGAUUUCAAGCCUGUUCAUGUUUUGGACUUUACUGGGAAAAUAGAUUACAUACAAACAGAUGAGUGGGAUAAGCAGCCUCAUGAUUGUUUUCAACAGCCAGAUCAUGAGAUUCUUCUGUCCGUAAGAGUUUCGAUAUCAGAAAAUAUGUCCUCUGGACUCCAUGUCUUCCCAAAGAUGCAACAUCUGAAGGACUCCAUGUCAUCACCACAAUCUAAGAUAACCAGUAUUUCUUAUGGUGAUCCAGAUACAUGCAAUAAAGAAAACAUCGACAAUCCAGUGCUUGAAAUUGGAGAUUUCGAUGUAGUUGGUCCUUACGGAUUGACAGGAUUAAAGAAUCUUGGAAACACUUGCUUCAUGAAUAGUGCAAUCCAGUGCUUGGCUCACACACCAAAGCUUGUUGAUUAUUUCCUUGGAGAUUAUAGUAAAGAUAUUAAUCGAAACAAUCCAUUAGGAACAAAAGGGGAGCUUGCUUCAUUGUUUGCAGAUCUAUUAAGACGAUUAUGGACAGUUGAUAGAACACCUGUUGAUCCAUGUGUUUUUAAGGAAAAUCUUGGACAUUUUUCUCCUGGGUAUGCUGGCUGUAAUCAACAUGACUCACAUGAGUUUCUUGCUUUUCUGUUAGAUGGGCUCCAUGAAGAUCUAAAUCGUGUCAAAUUUAAGUCAUACUCUGAAACUAAGGACUCUUCUGGUGAUCCUGAUGAAGUAGCUGCAGAAUACUGGGCAAACCAUUUAUCUCGAAAUGACUCCAUCAUUGUUGAUACUUGCCAAGGUCUAUACAAAUCAACAUUAGUCUGUCGUGUUUGCAAUAAGGUGUCAAUGACAUUUGAUCCAUUCAUGUACUUAUCUCUGCCACUGCCAUCAACAAAUAUGAGGAGAAUGACUAUAACUGUUUUCAGUACUAAUGGUACUAAGGAACCAUCUGCAUUUACCAUCAAUGUACCGAAGUUCGGAAAGUUGAAGGACAUUAUUCAGGCACUAAGCAUUGCUUGUUCAUUGAGAGAUGAUGAGACUUUAUUGAUUGCUCAGGUUUCUGCUAACCACAUUAUGUCAUUUUUGGAAGAAUCUCUUCUAUCGAUAUCCUUAAUUAGAAAUGAAGAUCAUCUAGCAGCUUACCAGCUACCAAAAGAUUUUGAAAAUGGCUCAGUAAUGGUGUUUGUGCACCAAAGGAUGGGAGAACCUCACCUAUCUGACCAAAGUACCUCAAGUUGGAAGGGUUUCGGCACUCCUCUUAUAGGAGUGCUGCCCAGCAUGGUUGAGGGGAACACUAUUCGCAAUCUCUUUCUGAAGCUGUUGAAUCCCUUAAAAAGAUCCAAUACAUGUUCAAUUGGUAAACAAGAUAAGAACAGCAAUAAUUUCAGUGACAUUGUUACCAAGUUGGAGGCAAGAUUUCAUGUUCCUGGUCACAAAAAUAUGGCUGAUACCAUGGAGGAGGGAAUUGAUAUUGAGGAUGCAUUACAAUUUUACUUAACAGAUAAGAAGAGCAGCGCAAUGGGAUCACAAAUUCAAAUGGAUGAAAUUGUUUCACCUAUUCGGUUGAGAAAGAAAUUCUAUGUGAUUGUCCGUUGGAAGAAUAAGGCACUGGAAGAUUAUGAUAUACGCCUUCUCAACACGUUACCUGUGAUAUGUCAACAUUCUUCAAAAAGAUAUCAGGAAUAUGUUACCCUAUAUGCAUGCCUUGAAGCUUUCCUAACGGAGGAACCACUAGAUCCAGAAGGCCCAUGGUACUGCCCUUGUUGCGAGAAGCAUCAGCAAGCUCACAAGAAAUUAGAUCUUUGGAGGCUGCCAGAAGUUAUGGUUAUUCAUCUAAUGAGAUUUUCAUAUAGCCAACAUAAGGAAAACAAGUUGGAGACUUUUGUAGACUAUCCUGUUGAUGACUUUGAUUUGUCAGCAUACAUGUCUAGCAUGACCGACAAGGCAUCUUACCAUUACAGACUGUAUGCUGUUAGCAACCACUACGGCAGUCUGGGAGGUGGUCACUACACUGCCUAUGUAUAUCACGAAGGAGUGGAUGGCUGGUUCAAGUUUGAUGAUGACAGUGUUGUUCCAAUAGACGGGGUGAACGGCGUGAAGACAUCAGCUGCAUAUCUGCUUUUCUAUGAGAGGGUGUAAUGCACAGUUAGUUUCACGGCGAUUGUAGUUUCACUUCUUCGCACAAUAUCGAACGAGUUUUUAAAAGCAACAGUAGCACCAAACAGGAAUCAGGGACGCGGCCGAGAUGAUGGAUAUGAGAUAACUGACAUAC